UUUCGCUUGUCUCUCUCCCUACUUUUUCUUCGCAAUUUACAGGAGCUCAUGUCAUAUCCAUGGCUUCCACAACUAUGGUUGCUUCCCCUUCCAACGACAGUCUUCGCAUGAACACUCUGCCGAUCAUAGAUCUCCGUCGCCUCUCCCAAUCCGACCUCUAUUGUCUUUCUCGUUUCUUCUCCUCAUCUUCUUCUUCAACCUCCCAAUCCAACAGCGACGACGACGUUCUAAUCCCCAAAAUUGAUCGAUCUGUCUUCAACGAGUCCGCCGGUAGCCGAAAACAAACCUAUUCUCGCCUCCGUUUAGCCCCUCGCAAGCCCCAAAUUUCUUCCUCCUCGUCCUCCUCCACAUUUCGGUCCCAAUCCUCCCACCGCCUAGAUGUAGGCAGCGCUCAGAUUGUUACUCGCUUGAAGCAACUCUUCGUUGGAGAUUCUCAUUGUGCCGUCAACGACAGCUACGGCGACGGAGAUGAGGACCUGGUCCUUGUUAACCACAUUUACGACGAAUCAGUACCUGAUUCUUCCUACGCCAUUUUCCAGAGUAUUCCUGUUGAUAUUAUCGAUAGCAGUUAUGGUCCGAUUAAGCGGCGGAGAGGGCGACCGCGGAAGGACAGCAAUCGGUUUGCUCAGCGUAAUGGAAAUGCCGCUCCGAACUCCAAAAGCGGCUGUGAAAAACGGGCGGCGGCGGAGGAGGAGGAGAUCGUAAUGGUAAUGCUGUGAACCUGGCCUCUUCGAUCGACCUGUAAAUGAUCAUAGUUCUUUAGGAGCUUAGGCAGACAAUGGUAGAGCUGUAGACUAAGCUGAACAGUAUAGAUUUUUUAGACAACUGGUAUUGAUUGGAUUUACGUAGCUGAUGAAGGAGAACGAUUUUGAAUCUAUGAGAACUCACAUUG